AAUUCCACUGAUGACAUGACUGGACAGAUCAGUGCCGCUGACUUGAAAGCACUGACCCAAAUCACAAAAGCCGGCUGCGGCAUGUCCAUGUUCUUCCUGGGUGUGGCUCUCUUCAUGCAUUUUCUCAUAAGGAAAAAUAAAGCCAGCCAAGCUGUACAGAUCCUGAUGAAUCUCUUCAUUGCCUUGUUCUUCCUGAACUUAACUUUUCUGAUAAACGAGUCAAUUGCUAACCUGGAUAACAUGGCAGCAUGUGUGGUGAUGGCUGCAUUUAUGCACUAUAGCAUGCUCGCCACGUUCACUUGGUUCUUCAUGCAGGCUUUGCACCUGUACUUCAAUCUACAGAAAGUUCCCACAGACAUCAAAUACUACGUGUUCAAGAUUUGCUGCACUGGAUGGAUUAUUCCAAGUCUGGUGGUGGUUGGACUUCUUUCUGCAAGCAAAUAUGAUAGCAUUCACAUUUCUGCUGAUAAUGAAACCUCAGCAACCAUGUGCUGGAUCCCCGAUGCUAAAAUACACCUAGGUGUAAACAUUGGUUACUAUAUCAUUGUAUUUUUCUUCACUUUAACCAUAUUCAUCUUAACCGCUGUGCAGAUCACAUACUUUGCAUCUAAAGAUGCAAAAGCCAAGAAAAACGGCUCCACCAAGAAAAGGUUUCUCUCUCUUCUUAGUCUUUUUAUUCUUUUGGGCAUCACAUGGGGAUUUGCUUUUUUUAGCUAUGGCCCUCUGCUUCUUCCUUCCUACUACAUCUUCACCAUCCUCAACUCCUUUCAAGGAUUUUUCCUGUUCGUCUACUACUACUUUUCAAGCAGGAUAGUUGUAGAUGACAAAAAACAACUUGAAACCCAGAGCAGUGGCACAGAAAACACGAACAUCUCAUCUUCCACCGGAUAAGUUCCCCUUUCCCCAUCCCUAGUGUGACUAGUAUGGAUUUGUAAUAUUUAAGGAUUGGAGCUAUAGCUUAAAAUAUCAGAGAUAACUAAUAAAAUGAAUGGGUUUUAAUCUUAAAAGCUAAAUUCCAUACGGUUAGCUGCUGGAUUUUCGGUAUGGGGGUAAACGAUGUGAAUAUGUAGGAAUAAUCAUCCUAAAUUGAUUUCCUUACAGUACCUCCAUUGUACACUGUUAACCAAUAUUCAUUAUGGGUAUAAACUUUAAUUUUAAGGAAGAUCUGAAGUAAAACACUGAUAUCUGAAAAAAGGGGGAAAAGCAUGACAGGAGGAGGACCUUAAUAAGAAACCCAUGGAGAACAUAGAUGUAAUGCUGUUUAUUAUGAGAUUGAAUCUAUCACUUUAG